AUGGAUUAUCUGGAUAAAGGAUUGCAGUCUUUGGCGUGUGAGACAAGUAACAAGAAGAGUGAAGGAGAAGACAGGGUGGAUACAGAGUCGGAGAAGAACACAAUUGGUAACGGGAGCAGAAUUCUGUUGCCGGCUAAGUGUACGGUGUUGUGUUCAACAACGAGGAGUGAGAAGCCUGAGAACGAGCAGGAAGCGGAGAAGAAGCAGAGGAAGAAGAGUGCACGACGCCUAAAGCAGAACAAUUCAGGAUUCCGCAGCCGCGAGUGUGUCCACCGGCUCCCAAACCUAAGCGCCGGAGUUCAUUCUUCACUGGGGACAGGCAAAAUAGGCCACGGAGAAGAAGAAAUUGAAGAGAUCAAAUGUGGAAGAGUGAGACUAUUCAGACGGCGGAAAUCAUAG